AUGCAUAUGCAUACCCUUUUUGUUCGAUUCCAGUCUACCAUCUCGAGGCAUCUGAUUACACAAGAGAAAUUCAAGGACAGUAUGGGGAAAAUAGCGAGCCAAGCAAUGAUUCUGUCAUCAGCAAGCAAGAAUACAGUACCUCAUAGUCAAUUGCGAGGUCUGACCGUUUCGUCGGUCACCUCACUUUCCUUGAAGCCACAGCCGCUGAUUCAAUUCAAUUUACAGCUUCCUUCGUUCACUUCUGAAGCUUUGCAUGAAACGAACUGUUUCGCUAUACAUCUGCUUAUCCCCAAUAAAGUUUCCAUUGAACUGGCAAAAAAUUUCAGUAAAGGUGCGAUCAAAAAUGAGGCAGAUUCUACCUUCUCGCCCACCAAACCUUUCGAGAACUUGGUUGAACAUGUACAUUAUGAUACUUACAGAAUAGCGGGAAGUGACCUAGUUAUCCCUAUAUUAAAGAAUUCCGAAAGAGUGCUUCUUUGUGAGAAAAAAGAGGUCUUUAGGGUUGGUGACCACGAAAUAUGGGUUGGCAAAGUUGAGGAUAUCCUAGUCAAUGAGGAAAAAACUACUGGAGGUUUACUCUAUUGUAACAGGAAUUUCCAUUUGCUAGGAAACAAGAUAACUAACUAA